AUGCAGGAGAGCAAAUGGAAAGACCAUAAAGAAAAGGGGCGUUGGAACCAGGCCCAGAGAGCAAAGAUCGAAGAGGCGGGACCUAGUGGUGGUGAGGAUCGCCUAAGGAUAUUGACUUUUAUUCCGUUUCUGGAUAUGCAUGAGCUGACAGAUGCGCAGGUUCAUGGAACAUAUCCUGAGUACAACCUGCGGACACUCAGGCUCCAGAGCUACAGUAGUUUAAGGCUGAAGCGUUUAGUCAUCUUCUACUGCCCGCAGGCGCAGCAACCUCGCGAGCAUUGGCGCGAAGCCUAG